AUGUCGCAACAAUCAGAUUCUUCCUUUCCCAAGAAGUUGUCCCCCACCGAUGCUCCCGACUUUGUUACAAAAACUGAACCGGUUAACCCUAAUCUAGUUCUUAAUGUUGCUCCAUUAAGAAUGGUUAGUGCUGAUGAUCUGAAGAUCAAGAAAUCUCGAACUCCACAUGCAAGAAGACCCAAGGAAACUGUUCAAGCGAAGGAUGCGAAUCCUUCUCUGUCCACUUCUCGUGCGAACUUACCCAAGGAAGGAUCAAAGUAUGUUAACGAAGCCAUUACUAAAAUUGUUACUAGUAUCUUGGAUGAACAACAUCAGGUCCCUGGGAUAUCCGGUCCUCUAAAAUUUGUGAUCCCUGAACCCGCUGCUGUACCUAGGGAAAACAUCAUAGGGAAGUCCUCUAAUGAUAAUGAUGCCCACAUGGUUGAUGAUGAUGUACACACUCCUGAUGGUGGUGUACAAAUGACUGAGGAGGAAGAGAAUGAUGAUGAUGUUCAUAAAGACCAUGAUAAUGUAGAUGUCACUGAGGAUGUCAAUGACAUUGGGAAUACUGGUGCUGAUGCUGGUACAGGUACUACUACAAGUACAGACACACAUGUUGUGGACCUUGAUAACUAUUCUGAUAAUGAUCUGGUAGCUGUUGUGAACCCUAGCAUAGCCCAAAGGCUCAUGAAUAGGAGGAAAGGUAAGGGUGUUGUAAAAAGUUCUCCCAAGAGAAAAGUUGCUCCUAAAAGUCCCUCUACUGACUCUAUCAAGAAGAAAAGUGCCUCUACAGGUCCCAUUAAGAGCAGAGCUGUAUCUCAGAGUGUUUCUGUUGAUCCUACCAAAUCUUGGAGCAAGGUGGUCCCCAAGAUAAGGAAGGCUCAAGCUAUUGUUGACUCUGACUCUGAUGUUGAUGUUGAUGUUCAAUACAUUCCACUAAUGAAGAAGCCAACAACUAGCAAGCUUGCUAUUAGUGUUCCUGAGGUACCCAUUGAUAAUAUCUCUUUUCAUUAUCCUUCCAGUGUCAAUAGGUGGAAAUAUGUCCACCACAAGAGGUUAGCCUUGGAAAGGGAGUUGGCUCAGAAUGUCCUUGAGAAUAAAGAAAUCAUGGACCUAAUUCAUGAAGCUGGGCUAAUGAAGACUGUUGUUCAUUUGCCUAAGUGCUAUGAAAUACUGGUAAAAAAGUUUAUUGUGAAUCUAUCAGAAGACUGUGCUGAUAGAAAAUUAAAGGAUUUUAGGAAAGUGUAUGUGAGAGGAAAGUGUGACCUUCUCCUCGACUGUUAUCAACAAUUUUCUUGGAAGAUCUGA